AUGGAAGAAGUUGAAAGAGAACAAGAAGAAGAGCAAGAAGCUGAAAUAGAUCCAGAAAAUAACAAUCCCCUACAUCAGACACUGAUCAAGAGGAACAGAACAUUAUCUUCAAAUCCACUUGCUCUUGUUGGUGAAAAAGUUUCCUAUAUAGAAAGCUUAGACUAUGAGAUCAAUGAGAAUGAUUUAUUCAAACAUGGAUGGAGAAGUAGAUCAAGAGUUGAAGCAUUACAAUACAUAUUCUUGAAAUGGUUACUUGCAUUUCUUGUUGGACUUCUCACUGGUAUUAUAGCAACACUUAUAAAUCUUGCUGUUGAGAACAUUGCUGGAUACAAGUUUUUGGCUGUUCUUGAAUACAUCAAUGGAGAAAGGUACUUGACAGGUUUCCUAUAUUUUGCGGGAGUUAAUUUUGCCUUAACAUUGUUUGCUGCUAUUCUGUGUGUGUGUUUUGCACCCACAGCAGCUGGACCUGGAAUACCUGAAAUCAAAGCUUAUCUUAAUGGUGUGGAUACACCAAACAUGUUUGGUGCUACAACAUUAAUAGUUAAGAUAAUUGGAAGCAUUGGAGCUGUCUCAGCAGGCCUAGAUCUUGGGAAAGAAGGACCCUUGGUACAUAUAGGAAGCUGCAUCGCUUCCUUACUAGGCCAAGGAGGCCCUGAUAAUUACAGAAUCAAAUGGCGCUGGCUAAGAUAUUUCAACAAUGAUUGUGACCGUCGUGAUCUUAUUACCAGUGGCGCAUCUUCAGGAGUUUGUGCAGCUUUCAGAUCCCCUGUUGGUGGAGUUCUCUUUGCCCUUGAAGAGGUGGCAACCUGGUGGAGAAGUGCUCUUCUAUGGAGAACCUUUUUUUGCACUGCUGUUGUGGUGGUAGUGCUUAGGGCCUUCAUUGAAAUCUGCAACUCCGGGAAAUGUGGCCUUUUCGGUGCAGGCGGGCUGAUCAUGUUUGAUGUUAGCAAUGUCACUGUUAGGUAUCAUGUGAUGGAUAUCCUACCUGUUGUAGUCAUUGGAAUCAUUGGUGGGUUAUUGGGAAGCCUUUAUAAUCAUCUUCUACACAAGGUCCUCAGACUCUACAAUCUCAUCAAUCAGAAAGGAAAAAUACAUAAACUCCUCCUAAGUCUUGCAGUAGUACUCUUCACAUCCGCAUGUCAAUAUGGUCUCCCAUUCCUAGCAAAAUGCACCCCUUGUGAUUCAUCUCUUCGAGACGCAGAAUCAGUUUGCCCCACCAAUGGAAGGUCCGGAAAUUUCAAACAAUUCAAUUGCCCACCUGGCCACUACAACGAUCUUGCUACUCUGCUGCUUACCACUAAUGAUGAUGCUGUUCGGAACAUAUUCUCAACAAACACACCUCAUGAAUACCAACCCUCCUCCCUCAUAAUUUUCUUUGUGCUAUAUUGCAUAUUAGGACUUUUUACUUUCGGAAUUGCUGUGCCGACUGGACUCUUCCUCCCAAUCAUCCUUAUGGGCUCGGCCUACGGCCGUCUUCUUGGCAUGAUCAUGGGACCUCAUACAAAAAUCGACCAAGGAUUGUUUGCUGUACUUGGUGCAGCUUCCCUCAUGGCUGGUUCGAUGAGGAUGACUGUGUCCCUUUGUGUGAUCUUCCUUGAACUUACUAGCAAUCUUCUCCUACUACCAAUAACAAUGAUUGUUCUCCUAAUAGCCAAAACUGUUGGAGACUGCUUCAACCCUAGCAUCUAUGAGAUUAUACUGCAUUUGAAAGGCCUUCCUUUCAUGGAUGCAAAUCCUGAGUCAUGGAUGAGAAACCUCACUGUUGGCGAGCUUGUAGAUGUAAAGCCGGCAGUGAUUUCCCUCCAAGGAGUAGAAAAGGUAGCAAAGAUAGUAGAUGUAUUGAAAAACACUACACAUAAUGGUUUCCCAGUGAUGGACGACGGGGUAGUGCCGCCAACAGGACAGGCCAACGGAGCAACAGAAUUGCAUGGACUAAUUCUAAGAGCACACCUUAUCCAAGCAUUAAAGAAGAAGUUCUUCUUGAAAGAGAGAAGAAGAACAGAGGAAUGGGAAGUGAGAGAGAAAUUUACCUGGGUAGAGUUGGCCGAGAGAGAAGGGAAAAUUGAAGAGGUGGCUAUAACCAGAGAAGAAAUGGAGAUGUUUGUUGAUCUACAUCCUCUCACCAAUACAACUCCAUUUACUGUGCUAGAGAGCAUAUCAGUAGCAAAAGCAAUGAUCCUCUUCAGGCAAGUUGGACUUCGUCAUCUGCUUGUAGUUCCGAAAUACCAGGCAUCAGGGGUAUCCCCUGUUGUUGGGAUUUUGACCAGACAGGAUCUAUUGGCUUACAACAUUCUGACAGUGUUUCCUCACCUGGCAAAAUCUAAAAGCAGACAGAAGAGAAAUUGA